GUGUCCUCCCACUCUAUCUGCGCAUGUGCAUCCCUGGGGGCACACGAGGGGACAUUUACACUGAUCAUCAGGGCACUGAUCAGUGUAGCCCCAGCAGUGCCACCUGUCAGUGUCCAUCAAUGCCACCUGUAAUUGCCCAUCAAUGCCACAUCCCAGUGCCCAUCAGUGCACAUCAAUGCCACAAAUCAGUGCCUACCAGUGCACAUUAAUUCCUCAUAUCAGUGCCCGUAAGAGCUGCCUUUCAGUGCCAACUAUCAUUGCCAGCCAGUGCCUCCAAAUCAGUGCCACCUAUCAGUGCCCGUCACUGCCGUAUAACAGUUCCAGUCAGUGCCACCUAACAGUGCCAGUCAGUGCCACCUAUCAGUGCCAGUCAGUGCCGCCUAUCAGUGCCAUAUAUGAGUGCUGC